UUCUUGUACUAAAUUCAGCCCAUUUGAAAUUAUUACUCCCUCAAAGGACACGACCUCAAUACUUGAACAAGUCUAUAAAAAUUUAAAACAGAAACAAGAUAAGGAUAUUGAUUGGCACAAUAAAAAGAGAAAGGAGGAAGUUAUUCCACAAACAGCUAAAGCUUUUAUGAAGACAAAAAGAAGGAUUAAACAUGCAAAACCAUUUAAAAAAAUUGAGAUUGCAAAUAUAAAUAGAUCAACAGUCACAACAAAAGAAGGAAGGAAGGUGCAUAAAAAUGAUCUUAAAAUUAAAUCGUAAAAAAAAACUAUAUUCACAGAUUGAUACCCAGCGUGAUGGCACAAAAUGUUACAAUCAGUAGCCUGGAAAACAUACCGAUAAUUGCAUUCAAUAGAGGAGAAGCCAGAGUAGCAACGGGAAUGACAAUUUACGUACAUCAUUUCGAAAUAGGAGCCAUUCAGAAUGAGCUUCAGGUUUUGUUAAAAGAGUUUCAUUCAAUUGAAGAAACACAGUUUACAACAAUAAUUUCAGAAGAGUUCAAAACCACUUAUGAUACAUUAGGAAAUAUUUUACCGAGUACAUUGGUUAGAACGAAACGUUGGGACACACUCGGAACGAUCUGGAAAUUCAUUGCAGGAACGCCAGACGCGAACGACCUAAGAUUAAUAAAUUCAACGUUAAAUGAUUUAAUUACAAAUAAUAAUGCACAAAUAAUCAUCAAUAAUGAUUUAACAACGCGAGUUAAAGAAUGUUUAGAGAAAGUGAAACAAUCUUUGAGUGUUUUCAGUAGUUCGACGGUAGAACUUUACGCAUUAAAUAUAUACAUUAACCUGAAAUAUUUAACCGAGAAGCUAAGCAUUAUUGUGGAAAGCAUUACGUUGGCAAAAUUAUCUAUUACUAACCCACGCCUACUAAGUAAAAAGGAAACAGAUUUGAUAAUCGCAAAUUUUAAAAAUAGCAGGUAUCCGUUACAUACAGCCAUAGAAGCUUUGUCAAAAACAACAACUAAGGUAGCUGUUAACAAGAACGAACUUUUAUUAAUGAUACGCGUUCCUAAACUGGAAUCAAGAGUUUAUCGAAAAAUACAGGUGUAUGCGAUUACGAAUAGAAAUAAGAAAGUUCAUGUUCCCAAUUCCCUUUACCUAUCAAUCAAAUCCCAAAUGUUCACGGUGUCAACAUUAGAAGACGACAUCUACCUCGCAGAAAAUAUUGAGGAAGACAACUCAACGUGCAUCCCGCAUCUGAUUAAAAGGCAGUCAGCAAUCUGCGAUUAUGUGGCAAAUCCUUCGAAAUCAGAGGUCAUCAAUGUCAACACGGGCAACAUCGUGAUCAGCACAGACCAAUGGUACAUCCUAGAUUCGACAUGUGGUAUUCAUGGGCGAAAUCUUACCGGAUCAAUAUCAAUAUCGUACGACUCUUGCGAUAUUUUGAUUAACAAAACAAUGGUUUCGACGCAAGUAAUAGACAUCCCCGGUUCACCGAUCCAUUUGCCGAUAUUUGGAAUAGAGGUUACACCUCGCAAUAAAGUGAUAAACCUGAGCAUCCAUUAUCUACACGAUCUACACAACGAUUUGCGAAAGCAUAUGAAGCAGAUAAAGUUAGAUAACAACAGUUUAUCCUGGUCCUGGAAAUGGUCUGUAAGCAGUAGCAUUAGCACCCCGUUAUUGGUACUGAUAAUAAUUUCGGUGUAUGUGUACCUGUCGAAAAAGAAAAGUAACGUCAAGAUACAAAUCAACGCGAUGCCAGAUACUCAGACUCCACAAAAUAACGGAACGGAGACGUCGUCGACAAGUAGGAUGAUGUUAGCAUCGGAGUUCAAGCCGAUCACGAUGCAAGAACUGUUUCGUACGGAGCCUCAAAUUUAG